CCCUCUUGUCUCGCAUCCCAUCCGAUUGUCUCUCCGCCUGUAUCCACCAUGGUCGCCUGGAAGCUGUCCACCCUGCUCCUCCUCUCGCUGCGGGCGCUCAAUGCCUUCGCCGCAAUCGAGGUUGAGAACGUCGAAGAGGUGGCCGACGACGAGCCGCAAACGCCCAAUCUCAAGGUCUCCGUCUCCACCAGCUUCCCGCAAUCCGAGAUUUUCGGCGUCAAGCUCAUCAACGGCCAUGCCACCGAAGCACGCCUCUCCAUCAACAACGAGGAGCCGCAGGCGGUGACCGUCGCCCUUGUCGGCGGUUCGUUGCUUCAGGAUGCAGGCGACCAGUCACACAUCUUGCGCAAUCUGACUGCCCAGCGCUAUGGCCUGGAGAUCCCCGCGGGCGAGGAGCAGACCGUGACGUUCAGCUUCAGCACCGAGAUGCACCCCCAGGACGUGCGUCUGCAGCUGGUGGCCGUGCUCAAAGACUCCAAGGACGCCUUCUACACCGUCUCAGUCUACAAUGAAACCGUUACCGUUGUUGAGGCGCCGACCAGCAUUUUCGACCCACAGAUAAUCUUCCUCUACCUCGUCCUCUUGGCCGCCUUUGCCGGAACCGUCUACUUCAUCUACAACACCUGGAUCACCACUCUCUUCCCCCAGAAAAAGCGCGGCGGCAAGGGUGGCGAGCGUGCUAAGAAGUCCUCCGGUGGCUCGAAGAAGGUCGAUCCCUCUGAUCAGGCUGCGGUUAUUGGCGCCGAUGGUCCCGCUGUCACUAGCGGUGCGAAGGCCUAUGAUGAGAGCUGGAUCCCUGCCCAGCACCUCCAACGCCCAGAGGCUAGGCGCGUUAGGAGCGGAACUCCCAAGACCAAGGUCAAGAGUUAAGCGAUACACUAGGGAGCUGGAUAAAGGGAUUGAUGGUUCUAGGGGAUGCAAUCUGUACGGUGGAACAUGUUGUGGGUGUGUCGUGGUGGCAUGGGCCUUUUUGAAGGCUUCGUGAUAUUUGGUGGACGCGUUGUAGGAAACCCAAUGGGACUUGGAACGCUAUUUAGACGGGCUCCCUGGAUGACGCAUAUCUGGCAGGCUGAGAAUGCGUGCCACGCCCUGGACAUGGCAAGCAUCUUGGCGAUAUGAAAAUGUACUCUAUCACGAACCCCAAAAGUUGCCGGUUUUGUAUAACUACGGGGAUAAUAAAACGGAGUUGUCAAGGGUA